AAAUUCGGACUGCUGUUUAGCAUUGGAGGCGGCGUGCCGACCCAAACGGACAACGGACCCGUUUAUUUUGGAGAUAUAGUAGUGAGCAAGCUAGAGCGGGAUAACUCUAUCGCAAUCCAGUACGAUCACGAUAAAACUCUAGAAAGUCACUUUUGUCGUACUGGAUAUCUUGUUCAACCACCUAAAGUCCUCCUCAACGCUGCACAGGGUCUGUCGAUUGAGCAAAUCAUCACAGAGGAUGAUUUGGUUCCGCCCCACUUCCAAAGGAUCAAUACUAGGAUACCAAUGCUUCGGAAGUACAGAUACCCAGGCCCGGAUAGAGAUAAUCAAUACAGGUCCGACUACCCACAUCGUGUUAGAGGAUCUCCAUGCCAUAUCUGUGUAUGCGAUCCCUUACAACGGACUAUGAUCGCAGCUCACGGAUUAUAUGUAGUUCAUCACAGAACAAUUGCCACAAGCGAGAAAGUUAUUAAAGAUAGUUGGCUGAGAGAUAAGCUAUACAAAUCACAUGGCGCUCUCUGCUUUAAGAUAGAGGCCGCAGGGGUGAUGAACGAUUUCCCAUUCCUUAUCAUCCGUGGGAUUUCAGACUAUGCCGAUUCCCAUGAAAAUGAUGGCUGGCAAGGCUACGUAUCCGCAUCCGCUGCGACGUAUGCAAGACAACUA